AUUAUUCAGCAGCGCGCGCUCCAAUCAGCGCACCCGAACGCCCCCCCGGCCGCGCUCCGGCGGGGUGGAGGGGAAGCUGCUCCCGCGCGCCCCUCCCUCCCGGCCCAGGCGCCGCCCGGCCCAGGCCCGGCCCGGCCCAGCCUCGGCUCGGCCCGCCCGGCUCCGCAGUCUCCCUCCCUCCCACUCGGUCCGCGCUCGGGCUCCCACCCUCCCUGGCCGCCCCGGAGCGCUCAGCCCAGCUGCGUGAGCAGCACCACUCCCGGGAGGGGGGGAGACGACGAACGGCCGACCCACCUCCAACCCAGCCGGGGCGGGACCCCGAGGCUCCGGAGGGACCCCCAACUCCAGCCACGUCUUGCACUGGGCGUCUGCCCGGCGCGGCCACUGCCUGGACGUCCCCCGGCCGACCGGCCGCCAGCGCGUGUGCGGCGGAGACGCGGGACCACACCUGGGCGCCCGCCGCCCCGGUGCCCGGCGCGCCCGCAUGGGCCCGCGCUGAGGGUUCGGACCAGGUGUCCUGCGCGAAGAGGGGGUUGGGAGGGUGGUGAGUCGGCGUCCACCCGCCCAGGGUUGGGGGUCAGAACUGGGGGGGCUAGGGCCCCCCAAACUCGGAUCGGAUCCAGCCUGAGCGUGGCGGCGCCAUGGAGUUCCGAGCGCUGCUCUGUUGGGCUUCCCUCGCCGCCGCCUUAGAAGAGACCCUCCUGAAUACAAAAUUGGAAACUGCCGACCUGAAGUGGGUGACUUUCCCUCAGGCAGAUGGGCAGUGGGAGGAGCUGAGCGGCCUGGAUGAGGAGCAGCACAGUGUGCGCACUUAUGAGGUGUGUGACCUGCAGCGCACCCCGGGCACGGCCCACUGGCUGCGCACAGGCUGGGUCCCUCGCCGUGGUGCUGUGCACGUGUAUGCCACGCUACGUUUUACCAUGCUGGAGUGCUUGUCGCUUCCCCGGGCUGGCCGCUCCUGCAAGGAGACCUUCACCGUCUUCUACUAUGAGAGCGACGCUGACACGGCCACGGCCCUCACGCCAGCCUGGAUGGAGAACCCCUACAUCAAGGUAGACACAGUGGCCGCAGAGCACCUGACCCGGAAGCGUCCUGGGACCAAGGGCACGGGGAAGGUGAACAUCAAGACGCUGCGUCUGGGCCCACUCAGCAAGGCCGGCUUCUACCUGGCCUUCCAGGACCAGGGCGCCUGCAUGGCCCUGCUCUCCCUGCACCUCUUCUACAAGAAGUGCGCACAGCUCACCUUGAACCUCACCUACUUCCCAGAGACUGUGCCCCGCGAACUCGUGGUGCCCGUGGCCGGGAUCUGUGUGGCAGACGCUGUCCCUGCCCCUGGCCCCAACCCUAGCCUGUACUGCCGGGAGGAUGGCCAGUGGGCCGAGCAGCCUGUCACAGGUUGCAGCUGUGGUCCAGGGUUUGAGGCCGCCGAGGGGAACACCAAAUGCAGAGCCUGCGGCCAGGGAACCUUCAAGGCCUUGUUGGGGGAGGGCUCCUGCCAGCCAUGCCCACCCAACAGUCACUCCAACACCAUCGGGUCCACCAUGUGCCAGUGUCGCAUUGGGUACUACCGGGCCCGUGCAGACCCCCAAAGUGCACCCUGCACGACUCUGCCCUCCGCCCCACGGAGUGUGGUUCCCCGCCUGAAUGGCUCGGCAUUGCACCUGGAGUGGAGUGCCCCCCUUGAGUCGGGCGGCCGAAAUGACCUCACCUAUGCCAUCCGCUGUCGAGAGUGCCGCCCUGGGGGCUCCUGCACACCCUGUGGGGGAGACCUGACCUUUGACCCUGGCCCCCGAGAUCUGGUGGAGCCCAGGGUGGUAGUGCGGGGGCUGCGUCCGGACUUCACCUACACCUUUGAGGUCACCGCCUUGAACGGGGUGUCUUCCUUGGCCAGCGGUCCGGUCCCAUUUGAGGUGGUCAAUGUCACCACUGACCGUGAAGUGCCUCCGGCUGUGUCUGACAUCCGGGUGACCCGCUCCUCACCAAGCAGCCUAAGCCUGGCCUGGGCAGUUCCCCGGGCGCCCAGCGGGGCAGUGCUGGACUACGAGGUCAAGUACCACGAGAAGGGCGCAGAGGGCCCCAGCAGCGUGAGGUUCCUGAAGACGUCAGAAAAUCGGGCUGAGCUGCGGGGGUUGAAGCGCGGGGCCAGCUACCUGGUGCAGGUGCGAGCGCGAUCCGAAGCCGGCUAUGGGCCGUUCGGCCAGGAGCACCACAGCCAGACCCAGCUGGAUGAGGGUGACAACUGGCGAGAGCAACUGGCUCUGAUCACUGGCACAGCAGUCGUGGGAGUGGUGCUGGUGCUGGUAGUCGUGGUCAUCGCCAUCCUCUGCCUCAGGAAGCAGAGCAGUGGGAGAGACGUGGAAUACUCGGACAAACAUGGACAGUAUCUCAUCGGGCAUGGUACGAAGGUCUACAUUGACCCCUUCACUUACGAAGACCCCAAUGAGGCUGUGAGGGAAUUUGCCAAAGAGAUCGAUGUCUCCUAUGUCAAGAUUGAAGAAGUGAUUGGUGCAGGGGAGUUUGGUGAGGUGUGCAGGGGGCGGCUCAAGGCCCCCGGGAAGAAGGAGAGCUGUGUGGCCAUUAAGACCCUCAAAGGUGGCUACACGGAGCGCCAGCGGCGGGAGUUCCUAAGCGAAGCCUCCAUCAUGGGCCAGUUUGAGCACCCCAACAUCAUCCGCCUGGAGGGUGUGGUCACCAACAGCGUGCCUGUCAUGAUCCUCACUGAAUUCAUGGAGAAUGGCGCCCUGGACUCCUUCCUGCGGCUGAACGACGGGCAGUUCACAGUCAUCCAGCUGGUGGGCAUGUUACGGGGCAUCGCCUCAGGCAUGCGAUACCUGGCAGAGAUGAGCUACGUCCACCGGGACCUGGCCGCCCGCAAUAUCCUGGUCAACAGCAACCUGGUAUGCAAGGUUUCCGACUUCGGCCUCUCACGCUUCCUGGAAGAGAACUCGUCUGAUCCCACCUACACGAGCUCCCUGGGAGGGAAGAUUCCCAUUAGAUGGACGGCCCCUGAAGCCAUUGCCUUCCGCAAGUUCACAUCAGCCAGCGACGCCUGGAGCUACGGGAUUGUCAUGUGGGAGGUGAUGUCCUUCGGGGAACGACCAUAUUGGGACAUGAGCAAUCAAGAUGUGAUCAACGCCAUCGAACAGGACUACCGACUGCCCCCACCCCCAGAUUGCCCCACUUCCCUGCACCAGCUCAUGCUGGACUGUUGGCAGAAGGACCGCAACGCCCGGCCCCGCUUCCCCCAAGUGGUCAGCGCCCUGGACAAGAUGAUCCGGAACCCAGCCAGCCUCAAAAUUGUGGCCAGAGAGAAUGGCGGUGCCUCCCACCCACUCCUGGACCAGCGGCAGCCUCACUACUCAGCCUUCGGCUCGGUGGGCGAGUGGCUUCGAGCCAUCAAGAUGGGAAGAUACGAGGAAAGUUUUGCAGCUGCUGGGUUCGGCUCCUUUGAGCUGGUCAGCCAGAUCUCCGCAGAAGACCUCCUGCGAAUUGGAGUCACCCUAGCUGGACACCAGAAAAAGAUCCUGGCCAGUGUCCAGCACAUGAAGUCCCAGGCCAAGGCCAGCACCCCAGGUGCCACAGCAGGACCCACACCACCGCCACCACCGCAGUUCUAAGCUGUGGAGGGGGACAACAGCGGGGGUCUCCUCCCUGGGCACGCCCGCUGGAUUGCACUUUGAACCUGUGGGGAUGGGGAGCUGGAUUUGGGGGUCCUGCCUGUGGGAAUGUGGGUAUCACAUUUCCUCCUACCCCUUAGAGGGGACCCUCCCCCCAGAACAAGGGUGGGUGAGAGAGCCUGCCCCUUGGCACUGGGCGUGACCCAAGGGACAGGAAGCGCCCAAUGCCUGCCAGUGUCCCCAGGUGUUGCCGUCACCUUACCGUGUCCCUGCAGACCAAAGAGAGGGGCGACUGGCCUGCCCACCAGAGUGGAGGCAGGAAGGGGUGCGGGCCCAGUGAUGAAAUCAUUGGGCUGCAGUGCCCUGGCUUGCUGCUGUGGCCCCCAACUCAAGCCUUUUCCCCUGUAAAUGCCCCUCCCCCAUCUGCCUUCAUAUUGAAGGCUUUGAGUUUUAUUUUUUAUUAAUUUUUUUUUCUGUUUUGGUCUUAAUUUUUCUUCCUUCCCCAUUUGUUUUUGUUUGUUUGUUUGUUUUCCUGUCAACUUUCUGUGUUGGAGGACACCGUUUAGCCAUCACCUCCUUUGCCUCCUUUCCUCCUGGGGCAAAGCAGGGGUACCCCCUGUUUCCUGUGAAUGGUGGCUCCAGACGUAUCCCUGCAUCCCACAGGUGUCCCCAAGCUGUGGAGUUGGGGGUUGUGGGAUGAGGAGAGUGAGGGAGUGUGAAAGGCAGGGGAGAAGGUGGAAGUCAGAGACAGAUCCCGGUGCUUGGUGGCAUUCUUAAAUUAUAUUUAAAAAAAGAAACUUUUUUUUUGUAUUAAUAAAAGAACAUGGGAUGUGU